AUGGCUACAUCUGCUUCAGCUUCAGCUUCUUUGCAAUCAAUCCCUUCAUAUGUAAAACAAUCACACACCACCACCACCACCACCACCGGAGCAGCUCCUAAUCUUCUUUCAUUCAGAACCUUUAUUAACCCCGUUUCUUCAAAGAAACUGACCACCAACGUUAAUGUUUCCGGCAGUCGGAAGGCGUUUACUAUCAAAAGUCAAAGCAACCCCUCAGAUUCUUCUAGACCCAAUCUAAAGUUACCAAAUCCGGUACAUGUGUACAGUGCGGAUCUUCAAACAAGAUUAGGGAUCACUGCCGGAAUAUGUAUUCUGAUAAAAAACAUGCCGGAAAAGAAAGGUGACAGGUACGAAGCUAUUUACAGCUUCCACUUGGGAGAUUACUGGCAGAUAUCCGUACAGGGUGCUUACGUCACAACGGAGGAUACCUAUCUUUCCGUCGCCGGAGCAUACGGUCAAGUGAAGCUGGUCAUUUCAAGAAGAGGAAGAAGGGUUUUAAUGGGGAAGAUGAUAAUGUUUCUGAUAUAG